AUUUUGUAUUAAAUUUUUAUUACAUAAACAAAGUUUAUAUUUUAAUUUGGAUUCUUGAUUUAUCGAAUUUUCGACAAAUUCUUUGAACUUUGUAUGUUACCAAUCUUCUUUCUGUAUUUUUAUAACAAAUUCAGUAUUCUACAUCAGUUACUCCAGGUAACUUUUUGCUUUUAUCUAAUUAACAAUUAGAUAAAAUUGUUUUAAUAUAACUAACUUCAAACUAAAUCGUACACUGGCAGUUACGCUAAUAAUUAAUAACAAAAUUAAUCGGUCCAUGCAAUGAUAAUCCCUUUUAACAUUGUUAAUACCUUGAAAAUUAUCCGUACUUUUCGAACGAAUACUUUUUCUCUAGCUUGCAUGCGCUUUAUCACUUUUUCCCGCGAUAUAAAAGUAACAGGCUAUGCGUAAUGGGCGAAUUUUUCGCAGAAGGAAGAGCACCGUCCAGAAGUACGACCCGCCAUACUCGAAAAAGCCGCAGCAGAAGAGCUACAGCGGCGUUUCCGGUAAUCAUCAUGCGGAAGCUGCGGCAUUGGACACGGUCAACAAGAUCCUCACUUUCGGCAGUAUGCCUCAGUACAGCCGCGGCGAGACCCAGCGCGUGCUGUUUCGACACCCGAAUAACGUCGUCACCGCCGACGGGCCAAGAGUCAAGGAGCAUAAACCGCAGCCGAAGAGGCUCGGCGUGGAGGAGGAAGAUGGAGGUACGGGAGCAGAGGAGGUUGUCUCUUUCAUUGAUCUCCCACCAAACAAUCUCACAAAGUUGCCUGAGAAGGGAAUUUUAAAGAAACACGGUGGUUACGGACUAGGUGGAGGUACGAUCGAGCACGUGGAAAGAACUCUGAAUCAUUUGAAUGGCUAUCACGAUGAUCUAAUCGAGGUGCUGAAGACCGCGGCGGGCGCGGCGAGCCGUCGCGAUCUCGUGGGCACCCCGUCGGGCAGUAGCAAUCUCCUGGACGAGGACGUGAUACGCAAGUCGCUGGCCGAGUGCGGAUAUCCCGACAUGUAUCGCAAGGACACCGAUGGUCAGGACAACGGCAUCGAUAACGGACAAGAGGAAGAGGAAGACGACGUGGAGCUGCAGCCGCCGUGCGGCACCAUUCGUAUACGCAAUCUCGAGGAUCUCAUUCGUCAACUUGAGCACCGAGCAACCGCGAGACCCUACAUGACUAGCCAGAUGAGUCCGAGCGGUUCCGAAGAGAUUCGAACAUCCGAGACCGAACCGGAUCGUCAUUACAAAAUCGAUUCUUCUGUUUGUAGCGAGUCAUCACAAGGAAGCAGAAGAUGUAGCCGCGGCCGCGACGAGGACGCUAGUAGAUUCGUCUACGGUAGAUACCGUCAACCGACGUCCCGAAGUCCUUACGGCAAUCAUCAACACACCCAUCAACACUCCCAUCAAAUGCACCUUGAGGACGAGGGUAUCUAUGAAACUGCCGAUCCUGACAGAGGCUCAAAUACUAGGGGUGAAACACCCGAUUGUGAAAGUGAUGCAUUUAUUCAAGCUCAACAACAAGUAGCCCGGUGGACUAGUGAGGAUGGAGGAGGAGGAGGAGGAGGAGUGCAGCACCGGCCGCCGCAGCAGCCACCACCGCCGCCUGCGAUGCCGGUGCAGCAACAGGCGCAGCAGCAGCAGCAACAGCAGCAGCAGCAACAACAGCAACACCAACUGCCGGUGGAACAACUGCCAAUCACGCAGCGCGGCUAUUAUCCAUCCCCCCCACAAAACGAAAACAACCACGACGCCGGCAGCAACGCCGAAGUCGAAUCUGCUCAAUCCAAGCAACAGCAAACGCUAAGCGAAGUUCAUGGAAUCGAUAUUAGUCACAUGCCUAAUAUUAACAAACGCCCGCUAGACGAUAACUUUAGUCUAGAUUGUAACAUAAUGAAUAAUGAUUCCCCUAAAGAUUUAAUUACCAACAACACUAGUGAUAACGAAAAUACUGCCCUACUGCCCCCCCAUUUUCCCGAAUACAAACAUUGAUAAUUAAUUAAUCGAUGACAGGUAGUGUCCGAGAAAAAAAAAAGAAAGAAAUGGGAAAAGUCGUAAUAAU